AUGCUACAGAGGGCUAGUUGUAGUAUAUCGCGUCUCUUAUCAACACCUUUAAUCCCUGCAAUAUGCCCCACACUCGUACUGACUUGUGAUGUUCAUCAUCACAACGAACGCAAGAAUUUACGUCUUUUUCUUGGUAUCAAACGCUCUAAUAAACAUAAAUCUAAUCGAAACACACACAUAAAUGAGCGAAAAUUUGCUCGGCUCCGUGCCAAAAAAAAUUUCAAUAUUGAUUUGCCUGAGGAUAACAUGCAAGAGAAACAGCAAAAGUUGAGCCCACUGGAGUUACGGCUUUUAUUACUCAAGAAAGGAAUUAAUCCAUACAGAGAAGUUACACCACAAACAUGGAAGGAAUAUCAAAUAACUUUCACUUCUUGCUAUCAAGUAAUUGAUCCUUUCAUCCCAAAGGAAGGGCCCUCACCGAAUGAUCCAUACACUAUUUUUCGAAAAAAUCCUUUGAAACUUCUGGGGUUUCCAUUUCUCAUACCUCCAGAGUUUCAUGAAAAAAAACAGUCGCUGGAAUAUGCACUCCUCAGAGCAGAAGGAGGGCGUUUCACGGCUUAUCAACAUAAAUAUUUUAACUACAAACAUGGUGUGAAAAGGAUACGUAAAAGGAAAGGUUUCGAAAAUUUUAGUGUAAAGACUUUUCCUAUUAUUGCUGACGAAGUCUAUGUUGAAGCUCACAAAGCUUUAAUGGCACGCAACAAAAAUGCGUUACAAAAAUAUAUCACAGAAACUGCCUUUGGAAAAAUGUGGCCCGAUGUAGAGAGUGGUUCGUUGGUUUGGGAUUUAGUGAAAAGUAUUGAACCAUCACGUGUUGUAUCUGUUCGUUGUGCAGACUUUCCCAGCCAGUCCGGAAAUGACAUUGCUCAAAUUAUCGUACGUAUGCAUACAAUGCAGAAAAUCGCACUUUACGAUCGUUUUGGUCGAUUAAUACUUGGAACAGAACAUGAUGCUAAGCCGGUGUUAGAAUAUAUAGUAUUUGAAAAUCAUAUUUCUAGUCUUGAUGGCGUCUGGCGACUGCACGACAAAGUUUAUCCAGAAUGGAUCAAACCUAAAGAGAAUUUGCCAAGACAAACAAAAAUUUCUCAAGAGCAGUCUCGAGUUCAAGUCAGACAACCUCUAAAAUUAGGUGGUGGUCGACAACUAUCUGUACCAGAAGAAGAUUGA